CCAGCCGAAUUGGAUCUUCUUCUUCAGGUUCGAGGAACGCCUUCGCCAGUGCUGACGCAGACUCUCUCUCUCUCCCUCUCUCUCUCUUUCCACUCACGCACGGAGAGCGAAACAGAGAGCGAAGAAGAUGGGGGCAGCAGAGAACGGAGGAGACCCGAGAUUGAAGGCCAUCUCGGACGCCAUAAGGGUCGUUCCUCACUUCCCGAAACCAGGCAUAAUGUUCCACGACAUAACCACGCUGUUGCUCGAUCACAAGGCCUUCAAAGACACGGUUGACUUGUUCGUGGAGCGUUACAGGGACAUGGGCAUCUCCAUCGUAGCUGGCAUUGAAGCCAGGGGAUUCAUAUUUGGGCCAUCUAUUGCUUUGGGUAUUGGUGCCAAGUUUGUCCCUCUCCGGAAACCGGGGAAGCUGCCAGGAAAAAUCAUAUCUGAACCAUAUGAACUCGAGUAUGGCACUGAUCAACUCGAGAUGCAUGUCGGAGCUGUUCAGCCGGGGGAACGUACCUUAAUUAUCGAUGAUUUGGUAGCCACUGGUGGGACACUUUCCGCUGCAAUAAGACUUCUAGAACGCUUUCAGGCUGAAGUGGUUGAGUGCGCUUGUGUUGUUGGUUCGCCUGUUGUCCAGGGAGAAUGUGAGCUGAAGGAGAAGCCGCUGUUUGUUCUUGUGGAGCCCCACCAUUGAAAGAUCAAUUUGACAGGAUCAGGAAGUGAAGAGGAUCCAGUUUGGGACUGAUACAUGGGGCUACACCUGAUGAAGCAUUUGUUCAUUAUUCUACACCGCUGGCUACUUCCUUCGACAAAGAACAGUCCAAUGUCGAACCCUAAAGGCAAAAAUAAUGUCGCUGGCUCUGCAUUGGCUUCCUUGUGUAGUAGGGGCAUCUAGCCAGCGUCCUCAUAAUAGUAUAUAAGAUGCUUUCUCAGCGCACAUCGAAUAAGUAUUGGAGUAGGCCAAUCCUUUCAAUGAUCAGAGGAGACCAAACUCUACCAUGCUUUUAGCCGACUGCGUUGAAGAGCCAAUGCCCCAAUGUUAGAUUGGCGUCGGAUGACAUUGUGACCUAUUUGUGUGGAAAAUUUCUUGUUCAUACUUUGUACAAAAAUCGGUCUGAAUUUCCUCUUGUUUGUGUGCCUAAGCAUACCCGGUUCGGGCUGUGAAAUUCAAGCAUCGUAGAGGGCGAAACUAGCCCGGCGUGGCCCCAUUUGCCGCCAUUCA